AUGCAAUUCUCCAAUGAUGAUGCUAAUCAAAAUCAUAGCUAUUGUGAAAAUGCAUUAGGCAUUUUUGAUGGUUGUUACGAAUCAAGUGAUGAUUCAGUUAGUAUCAUACCCUCUUUCACAAACAAGCCUUCUGAGGUUAGGUUUAAGAAUGUGAUUUCUAGGGCAUUUUCCAUUUUGACCCGACGAAACAAAACAUCGGACACCAAUGAUGUAUCGUUCCUUGGCGUCGGAAAGGAUGGAGAUAUUGUCAUUGACCCUUCGGUGUACAUGCCAAGUGCGCCACCGAUUGAGAUCGAUUAUAGUGCUUAUAAAGAGGUGCUAGAGGUCGAGCCGCCUGAGUGGCUUCGUGAUAGUUCUGCUACUGCUUGUAUGCAGUGUAGUGCUCCGUUUACUGCGCUUACUCGUGGAAGGCAUCAUUGUCGAUUUUGUGGAGGUGUUUUUUGUCGGGGGUGUACGAAGGGGAGGUGUUUGUUGCCAGUUGCGUUUAGGGAAAGGAAUCCGCAGAGGGUUUGUGAUGCUUGCCAUGGGAAGCUUGAUCCUGUGCAGGAUUUUCUUAUCAGUAAUAUUAGCAAUGCUGUGCAGGUUGCAAAGCAUGAUGUAAUGGAUUGGACUUGUGCUAAAGGGUGGCUUAACCUUCCUAUUGGUUUUUCUAUGGAGGAUGAGAUAUAUAAAUCAUCAAAUACUUUGAGAAACUACUGCAAGGUUGCCAGGUCCAAUCCUGAGAAGUCAAUCCCUUUAGCCAUUCUUAAGGAAGCCAAAGGCCUAGCAAUUUUAACAGUUGUCAAGGCUGGUGCAUUUCUCUCAUACAAACUGGGUACUGGUUUGGUUGUUUCGAGAAAAUCAGAUGGAUCAUGGUCAGCACCAUCAGCAAUAUUCUCCCUAGGUUUAGGAUGGGGUGCUCAGAUUGGUGGUGAACUUAUGGACUUUAUUAUCGUGCUUCGUGAUAUCAAAGCCGUGAGGACAUUUUGCAGUCACAUGCAUUUUUCUCUUGGUGCUGGUUGUAGCGCUGCUGCAGGACCUAUUGGAAGAGUUCUUGAAGCAGACAUUCGUGCUGGUGACAGAGGUUCUUGCAUGUGUUAUACUUACAGUUGCAGUAAAGGUGCAUUUGUGGGAGCGUCGUUAGAAGGAAAUAUAGUUGCAACCAGAAUGGAUGCAAAUAUGCAGUUUUAUGGAAAUCCUUGUCUCACCACAUCUGACAUUCUUUUAGGGAUGGUGGACAGACCGGAGGCUGCUGAGCCGUUGUAUGGGGCUCUGAAAGACUUAUAUUCCAGUUUAAGCUGUCAACAAAAUCCCGAUUUUGACAACCUUGCUUUCAGUGGCAACCAUAAGGAGAUUAGUAUCAGUCAACCUCGGCUCAUUGCUUGGGAAAGAGGCCAAUUUGGUUCGUAUAUUCUUAACGUGGAUGACAAUGCUCAAACUAACCUAGAGAUGGCAGAUUUUGGUGGCUUAAUUAGAGACUUCAAUGGAGAAUUCAUGCGCGUUUCUGUGGUAAUAUUGGUUACUUGA